UCAUAGGACACUUGCAGUGGUUUUUUUAACAAAAUUUAUAAUGAAUUUUCUUGAAAGUUGCUAUAUAAAAGAAACAACAUUACUUCUGAGCUGUUUUUUGUAGAAUGUGGAAAUAAAAAAAUUCAAAUGGCUGAAGCAAUUGCGUCGAUGGUUGUGGGAAGGUUAACUGAUUUGUUGAAUGAAGAAGUUCAUCUUCUUAAUGAAGAAGAGAUCCUUAAAUGGGGUAUGGAGAAACUAGUGGAGAAUCUUUUAGAAAUCCAGCAACAGAAAAAAUGUCUGAUAGUUCUUGAUGACAUUUGGACAAAUGAUGCCUGGGAUUCUAUCAGAGCAGCCUUCCCAACUGAGACAUCCGGAAGCAAACUGUUGCUAACAAGUCGUAAUGAAGAUCUUGCUGCCCAUGUCAACACGAAAUGCCUCAUUCACAAACCGAAACUUCUUAAUGCAGAUCAAAGUUGGGAACUACUCUUCUCUAAAGCACUUCCAAAUUCAGACCAUAUAGCACGUAGAGACUUAAAAGAGAUGGAGAAUUGGGGAAGAGAAAUGGUCCGAAGCUGUGCAGGUCUUCCACUGGCUAUAAUGGUUUUGGGGGGAGUCCUUGUAACAAAACCAACCUUCAUAGAGUGGCAAAAGGUGUAUUACGAUAGUCUAUACUCCCUUAAGCGAGGGAAAGGAUUUGGAGAAGGUUAUCAGAAGGAAGUAUUUCACAUUUUUUUUUGGAGCUACAAUGCUUUGCCUGCUCAAUUAAAAUUGUGCUUCCUUUAUUUGGGUAAAUUUAAAGAAGACGAAGAGAUAGAUGCAGAGACACUGUAUCAGUUAUGGAUAGCAGAAGGCAUGGUACUAUCGAGUGACAAAAGUGGAGAAGAAACAAUGAUGGAAGUUGCUGAAUCGUAUUUGGGGGAACUGGUCCAUAAGAGUAUGGUUCAAGUGAAAUUUGGAGAUGCAACAGACUUAUUAAGAAAAUUUAAAUCAUGUAGGCUUCAUGAUAUUAUGAGAGACCUUUCUUUGCACAUAGCUAAGAGAGAAGAUUUUUUUGAAGUUAUUAAUCUUCAAAAAAUAAAUGAUGUUCAUUAUGAUUCAUCAGUGGAGUUGGCUUAUACACGACAAGUUGUAGUCUACAGUUGCGCAAGAGAAUUUACAAGUAUCAAAGAUAAUCGUAUCCAGGUCAACAAAGCAAGUAAACGACGUUUAAGAUCACUUAUGUAUUUUCAUGAUAAGAGUCCUACUACAAUGAGGGUUCCUCGUCAUUCAGAAAAAUUGGCAUGGAAUGUUGCACAUUCCAGGUUCCUGAGGAUAUUUGUUCUGGAAGGAACAAUGUUUACUGGUGUGAGCGGUUGUAUUUCUUAUGCAAAUCCUGGAAAUGCAUUAGGUAGCUUGAAGAACUUGCGAUAUCUGAGCCUGAAGACCCCCAUUUUGUUUUUUCCAUCCAUACAAAAUCUGGAGCUACUACAAACUCUGAAGUUACAGGUUAGUGGUGAUUAUGAUUGGGCACGUGUUGCACCAUGGACGUCAACAAAUGUUCUCGGGAAGUUGGGACGACUGCAGCAUCUGUAUCUUCCAUUGAGACUUUCUGAGGGACCAACGGAAAGAAAGUUGAGAUUUGAUGGGUUGAGCAAGUUGGAGACACUUGAGAACUUUAAUACAAGUUCGUGUGAGGUAAAGGAUCUGGCCAAGUUAACCAAUCUUCGGAAACUAACAGUUCGUGUAUUGUAUAGUCGUGAAGAUGUAAGAGAAAUGAUGAAAUACUUUCAAGCCAUAGCCCCGCCCUCAUCAUCAUCCUCUGAUAGUUCUACCCCAUGUCUCUUGAACGUGUUCCUUGAUAUCAGUUAUUGUGAUCUGCAAUAUGAUGCACAUACCUUGAGACAAUUGUUUUAUAGUCCCAACCUUUAUUCAUUAUCAAUAGAGGGAAAAAUUCCAGAGUUGGUGCUUCAUAUUCAUAUUGACCAUCUCUCUUCAAGUCGUAUCACCAUCCUGACCUUAUUACAGUCUGAACUGGAUGACGACCCAAUGCCAGUACUGGGAAAGCUUCCUGCGUUGCGCAAACUCAUGUUAAAAGGGGCCUUCAAGGGGGAUAAAAUGAUAUGCACAGCCAGAGGUUUCCUCCAGCUCACACAUCUAGAAAUGUGUAAUUUAUACUCCCUUAAAGAAUGGAGGGUGGAAAAAGGAAGCAUUCCCAAUCUUUCCUAUUUAAAAUUGAGCCGUUUAAGCUCGUUGGAGGAGUUUCCCAAGGGACUAAAAUUCCUCAAGCACCUUCAACAGGUGGAGUUGCUGUAUAUGUCCCAAAAUUAUUGGAAUAUGGAUAGAGCAGCGGUGUUCAGGGGUUGGUCAAGAACAAACGCAUUUUGUACUGAUUGGAGCAUGACUCUUUUGCCGAUCAACUCUGUUUCAGAAGAUCCAAUUUGAUUGGAUACGUCCAAGAAAUAUAUAGACAUGGUAAGUUAUAGUUUAGGGAAUAGAGUAAAAAAAUAAUGCUCCAAGAGUGUCCCAGUGGUUUCUUAAAUCACUAGGAACCACCAGUCAUUUCUUUUCUAUGUAAAUCCUGGAAUUGCAUUGGGUAACUUGGUUAACUUGCCAUAUCUGUGUCUGAAUACUGAUUUUUUUUUUUU